AUGUCGGUAUGCAUGGUACCGAGUGAGGUAAGCGAUGAGGAAGCGAUGGAACAGUUUGAGUUCUGCUUGCGCCAGCUGCUCGCACUUGCCAAUGAAAUAUUCGGGAAACUGGCAAAACGACUGGAAAUUUUCAACGAGCGCCUCGAAAGGAUAAAGGGCGAUGUGCAACAAAAUGAUUAUUAUCCUUCUGUGCUGUGCAAAGGGCUGCGUAGUGAUGGGAUUGUGCCUGAAACGGUACGUGUAAAACGUGACUGGCACCGAGGAGCGCCGAAAAAUAUCGCGGCAAUUGUGGCAGAAAAGCAGAAAUUCUACCGAUACAGCGGGAAGAAAACUGCUGCAAAAACAGCUGGUAGACAGAUUCCGGAAAAUUUACAUUCUGCGGCUGAUUUGCUGCUGUUCAACACAAAUGUAAACGUUUAUACGGAUACUCGUACGCUGGUGGAUCCAUUCGACAAUACCAAGACUGAG